GACAGUUUUGUGAAAAACUUCUUUAUUUAUUUAAAAUGACGUGCCAUUGUUUGUGAACUUUAAAGGGUCAUGCAUUCGAAAAACGGCAGGUUUUUAGCAACGCUUUGAUUUUCAAACCUCCGGUGCCAGUCAACAACAACUGAGUGUCGGUUCAUAAUCAACUGUCACGCUUGAAAAGCUGUAGGCGAUCGCGUUCGGACUGGUUGCAGUUAGAUAAUGGUCGAGCUAGGACCUGACACUCCACGAAACGGCAGCACUUCUACCUCUCAAGUAUAGAGAGAAGAGCGGACAAGCUGGACUUGAUCCGCACAAGUUUAUUUUCAAAAUGUGGAAAGACUCUAGUAAUUUUAAAGAGGGAAAAACGUGGACUAGUGCUGUGGUUGUGGUUUUGAUGAUAUGCUGGUCAUAUCCUAACUACGUUGAGGGAGCAUGUGACUGUACAACAGACUGUUCUACAAAUUGUCCAGCUGGUCAGUAUUUUGUGAGCGGAUCGUGCGUCACAUGCCCUCAGGGAUCUUAUUGUGAAGGAGGAGGUACUACAAGCAUAGACUGUCCUGCAGGUACCUACAAUGAUUUACCUGGACAGAGUGAUCUCACAGCUUGUCAGGACUGUGCUGCAGGAUCAUACAGCGGAUCUGGAGCUACGGGGUGUACACUUUGUCCUGCAGGGAGUGCCUGCCUGACUAAUGGCACGGAGAACCCAGUGGCCUGUCAGGCUGGUCAUUAUGCACUGGACGGGGCGAAUGAGUGCACAGCGUGUCCAGCUGGGUUCAAAUGUACAGCCACAGACCAAGGUCCAGUCCCUUGUGAGGACGGUUACUAUACAGUCAACACUGCCCAGACGAGCUGCCAACAGUGCCCGCAGGGUUACUUCUGCCCUAACAAGGCCUCGGCCCAGCCAUGUCCCUCAGGAACCUUCAGUAUCGCGGGAGAUGGGAGCUGUACUGCCUGCCCGGGAGGGUCCUACAGCAGCCUCAAUGGUUCCGGUUCGUGUCAGACUUGUGACGCAGGAUUUUACUGCCCCAACGUGACCUCUGUUCCUAUACCAUGUGAUCCAGGAUACGUAGCCCAGGCAGGCCAGGUCAUCUGUGAUCUUUGCCCCAGCAAUCAAGUUCCGGACAGUUCUCAGAGUGUGUGUGAAUCAUGUCCUGCUGGAAAGGCAUGCAGUAAUCCAGCACAAUCGCCGUCUGACUGUGGGCCAGGCUACUACGCUGAGCUUGGAGAUGCCGUCUGUACAAGAUGUCCCGCGGGGUCAAAGUGUCCAUCCACAACAUCUGCUCCUGUCUCCUGUCCCUCAGACACAAUCUCCCAAGCGGGCCAGACAAGCUGCGAUCCCUGCCCAGCUGGUUAUUCCUGCAGUUCUGCCUCUGCCACACCAGUGAAGUGCUCAGGGGGAGAAUAUAGUCCACAGGGAUCCAUGACCUGUAGCACGUGCACUGCUGGUAACUACUGCCCUGAAGGUGCUGAUAGCGAGACGUCAUGCGGCACAGGGUUUUUCUCAACCACAGGUGCAGAUGUUUGCACCUACUGUCCUGCAGGACAUUACUGCGAUGCAACGCAGAAGACAAGUUGUAGCUCAGGGACAUACUCAUUAGGUGGUGCCACAAGCUGUACUGACUGCCCAGCAGGUCAUCAGUGCACAGAUGCUGUGUCCCAGCCCACUGCUUGUACCCCAGGCUCUUACAACACCCUCCCUGCUACAGGAACGUGUACAUCCUGCCCCGCAGGGUACCAGUGCUCCUCAACGACUGCUGCACCAGUGGCUUGUGCUUCAGGUUUCCAGAGCUCUGGAGGUCAGGUGUCCUGUACACAAUGUCCCCGGGGUUACGCAUGCCCCAGUAGCAGCGACCCUACUCAGAACACAGCCUGUACCCCUGGGAGUUAUUCUGUGGCUGGGAAGCUGUUGUGUACAGAGUGUCCGGCAGGGAGCUACUGCCCCAGCACAAGGACAGCGACAGUAAUAGCUUGUCGCUCAGGAACAUACAGCAAUGGCAGCCAGACGUACUGUACCCCGUGUCCUGCUGGGAGGAAAUGCCCUAACGCUGACGGCUCUGCAAUCAUGGACUGUAUACCUGGAUACUUCUCUCUCCAGGGAAGUACGGACUGUACAGAGUGUCCGGCAGGGUUCUACUGCCCGUACACAAAUGACGGCCUGAAGAUCGCCUGCGAUUCCGGGACGUUUUCCAUCGGGGGGCAGACGGCGUGCACAGAGUGUCCAGCAGGAUUUUCCUGUCCGUCUAAGACCCAAGACACACAGAUUCCUUGUCCUGAUGGAACUUUCUCCACAGGGAAUCAGUCAGCGUGUACGGAAUGUCCUGCUGGGCAUGAAUGUCCAACGGUUGACACCGAUAGCAGAACCCCCUGUGCUGCUGGCUACUAUUCGUAUGGGAGUCAGAAGACUUGUGACUUCUGUCGAGAAGGUUUUAUGUGCCCGUCAACCAUCACGGGCCCGGAGCGCUGCCCACUGGGAUACAAUAGUGCUGCCAGGGCAACCAACUGUACUGCAUGUGAACCCGGAUUUAAGUGCCCCGAGCCUGAAUUUUCAAAGAUGGAGGAGUGUCCACCAGGAUUUUACUCCCCCGGGGCGACAAUCACGUGUUACCCCUGUGAGGCGGGCUUCACAUGCUCCCAGGGGUCAACGACUGCUUCCCCCGAGGCUGACCUUUGUCCUCCGGGAUCAUGGUGUGAUGGGAAGGACCAGUUUCGUUGCCCACCAGGAACAUAUAACCCUUUCAAUAGUUCAUCCAGUAUUGCCGAUUGUUUGAUUUGCCCAGCGGGAUACUACUGUCAAGGCCCUGGGGUAGAGAACUAUGAGAGUACGCCUUGCCCCGAGGGUUACUACUGUUUACCAGGAACCACAGCACCCACUGACUAUCCCUGUCCUGCUGGGACUUAUAACCCACACAUCAAUGCAACCAGCCAAUCGGAUUGCUUACCAUGUCCUGCUGGGAAAUACUGCCCCAGUGGCUCGUCCAAUGACGGACUGGACUGUCCUGCAGGGUUUUAUUGUACUGGAAGUCAGGGAUCCGGCUUCCAAAAUCCCUGCCCUAUUGGGACCUAUAGUUCUGAAACAGGAUUAGAGAAUGCCACUCAGUGCUUAUCCUGCCCUGCGGGGUCUUACUGCCCCUGGGGUAAUGCAGCAGAACCCCGAACCUCACCCAUCCCAUGUGACCCCGGCAAGUACAACCCUGAUAAUAACACAGGACAUGAACUAAACUGUAGGAAAUGUGAGCCGGGGCUGGCUUGUCCAGAAGUGGGACAGAUCGAGUGCACUUUGCCGUGCAAGGAAGGUUACUUCUGUCCCCCGGGGACAAUUAUGCCUGACCAGUUCCCUUGCCUCCCAGGAACCUACUCUGGGCAAACGAACCUGACCUCAGCUGACGAAUGUGACGCAUGUCCCCGAGGAAAAUACUGCGGCUUUGGAACAGGCGAGACCCUGAACCCGCCCCAGCCAUGUAGCCCAGGGUACUACUGCCCCCUGCAGACCCCCUCUCCAGUCCGCUUCCCCUGCCCGGCGGGCACCUAUAGUAACCGCUCUGAUUUGUACGAAGCCAGCCAGUGUGACACCUGUCCGCAGACCUACUACUGUAUAGGUGGAGAGUCCACGCCAACGGACGUUUGCCCCCCAGGAUACUACUGCCCCAGUGGCACAAAGUUUGCCAGUCAAUAUGGCUGCCCUAACGGAACGUACAACGAUGAAUAUGGCCUUUACGAGGAAGUUCAGUGUAAAAAUUGCACCCAAGGUAAAUUUUGUGAAUUUGCCGUGAGCAUCCCGGAGAGUUGCCCUCAAGGAACGUACAUGCCCUACGGGAUCAUCUCCUCAACGAUUGGUACCACCGACCAGUAUGUCGGAGGUGACACUGCUAAGGGCGAGUCAGAUUGCCUGACCUGUACAGCAGGGUAUUACUGUGGGGUGGGGACAAUCAACCCCUCCCCUUGUGGGCUGGGCAAGUACACCAAACCAGGCCAGUGGGAGUGUCCUGACUGUCAAGUGGGGUAUUACUGUGACAGCGCGACAACAUCAUACUCUGACAUGAUUAACAACAAGAAAUGCCCAGCCGGUAAAUUCUGCGCAGGUGGACUCUCUGAUGUCUCCCAGGCGACGGACUGCUCCAGGGGGCAGUACUGCCCUGAGGCUACGGUAGAGGAAAUCAACUGCCCAGUUGGAACUAUAAACCGUGACACUGGAGCUAUGAAUACAUCCGACUGUGACCCAUGCCCUGCUGGAUACUAUUGCCAAGAAGGCUCGUUCACGGAGACUGGAUCAUGUGACCCUGGCUACUACUGCCCCACCUCUUUCGCUAACCCCUAUGGGAGUGACCCAUCUCUGAUUGGCUCAUAUGGACCACAGCAGGUUCCUUGUCCAGAGGGUACCUACACAGACAUUUCGGCCACCCCAGAUGUUGGCAGUUGUAAAACAUGCCCUGCAGGGUACUACUGCCCGCUGGGCACAGCCACACCCCUGGACUGUGACCGUGGCUACUUCUGCGUGGCGGGGGUGUCUGCCCCUACACCCUGCCCAAUAGGGACCUACGGAGACACUCAGAACUUGGAGGCAGUUGACAAUUGCACCCAGUGUGACCCUGGGUCAUUCUGUGAUGCUCCGGGGUUGCUCAUGCCCCGCGGACCAUGUGACCCGGGUUUCGUUUGUUAUGGGGGCGCUACAACGGCUGGGCCAACAGAUGGCACCACCGGAGAGGUGUGUCCAGCAGGAGGCUACUGUACUCUAGGGUCGUUUGAGGCUAAGCCGUGUCCUGCAGGUACCUACAGUAACGUGUCUGGAGCUGUGAACUAUUAUGACUGUUUCGACUGUGAUGCAGGUUACUAUUGCUCUUCCAUCGCUGGGGGCGAACCCACUGGGCUCUGCUGGGCAGGAUACUUCUGCACUGGGGCGGCCAAAACCCCUCGACAAAACAUCACAGACCCAGGUCACUAUUCUAAGAACGGCUCUGUGGCACAGUCCGAGUGUGAGAUUGCUUACAUGCCGGAUUACGGUGCGGGCGAGUGUCUCACGUGCCAACCUGGCUUCUACUGCCCCUCCAAGGCUAUGGUUGACCGUCUGGCCUGUCCGGCUGGUCAGUUCUGCGGAGAUGUCAAUGGGACGUAUGUACCCACAGACUGCCCCCCGGGGACCUACUCUAACGAAACUCACAAAUCCUCUCUUGAUGACUGCAUUCCGUGCCCAUUGGGCUACUACUGCCAGGACAAUGGGGCAACUGCACCCCGAGGGAAAUGCAAGGCUGGCCACAUCUGCUGGGGGUCAGCUCAGUCGGCUGAUCCCGUGUACAACAACGACACGUCGGGGGAUAAAGUAGCCAUUUUGUACGGUGACGUGUGUCAGGCUGGUUACUACUGCCCUGAGGGGACCGCCUUCAUGGUGCCCUGCCCCUUGGGGACGUACAACCCCACCCAGUUGGGGACAUCAGAGGCUGAGUCCUGUAUGCCAUGUGAUGCAGGGACGUAUUGUAACGGGACAGCGCUCACAGAACCUACAGGCCCGUGUGACCGUGGUUAUUACUGCACGGGGGGAGCUUCUGUACCUGACCCCUACAACAGCACAACUGGUGAUAUUUGCCCUAAACACCACAUCUGUGUCACCGGUUCCGACACCUACAAAAAGUGUCCCAUUGGUUACUAUGCCAACAGCACAGGGUUGUGGUCAUGUGAUCUGUGUCUGGCAGGAUAUCUCUGUUACCCAGGCAGUGAGCCUCAACUUUGUCCUCAGGGUCAGUAUUGUGUGGGUAGCACGGUGAACAUCCCUGUGUCUCAGGGGACACCCUGCCCCGUGGGGACGUAUGGUGACAGGGAGGGGUUAACCAGCAGUUCUGAGUGUACUCCGUGUGAUGCGGGCCACUAUUGUGAUUCUGAAGGUCAGACAAAUACGACAGGUCAGCUGAAUCCUGGCUAUUGGUCACAAUCCGGGUCAACCACACCGACUCCAGAGAAUGAUGAUAGUUCCAUCCUGGGGGUGUGUCCAAAGGGCUACUAUUGUCCAAGAGGAAGCUCCGUGCCAACGCCAUGCCCAGCAGGGACUUACGGAUUUGCUAUUCGCUAUGGCUCUGUCUCCGACUGUAUCUCUUGCCCCGGGGGAUAUUAUUGCCCCUCACUGAAUAUGACUGACAAAGGACCCCAAUGUGACCCCGGGUUUUACUGCAGCAGGAAGUCCCCGGACCCAGCACCCGUUAACGCCUCGUACGGAGAUGAAUGCCCAACAGGUCACUACUGUUUAAUUGGGUCAGACACACCCACUCCGUGCAACCCCGGCACCUUCACCAAUCAGACUCGGAGCACCAGCUGUCAAUCAUGCCCGGCAGGCUACUACUGUCUGCAAGGUGCCAGUGAGCCAACACCUUGCCCGAGUGGUUACUGGUGCACUGCUGGAACUACUGGACCAUUUGUUAACCCCUGCCCUGUAGGGAAGUACAACAACGACACAACACGGUCAUCCUCCUCCAACUGCCUCCCUUGUCCAUCUGGGCACUACUGUGGAUCUCAGGGCAUGAGUGAGCCAACUGGGGAAUGCGACCCCGGCUGGUACUGUACAGGGGGCGCCACCGUCGCUCAGCCGACCAACCCCGCCCAGGGGGGACAGUGUGAGGCAGGGUAUUACUGUCCUACAGGAAGCUCCGCCCUCAUACCUUGCCCACCCGGCCUGUACUGCGAUAACGUGGAGUUGUCUGCCCCAACUGGUAAUUGUAGCAUGGGUUAUUACUGCUCCUCCGGGUCACCGACGGACACGCCUGUCGGGCAGGCCUACGGUGAUGUUUGCCCUGAGGGACAGUUCUGCCCUGAAGGUAGUGGGAACGGGACCUUCUGUCCACCCGGGACAUACCUUAACACCACUGGGGGUCGAGCUGAAAGCGAUUGUAUCCCAUGUACCCAGGGGGCAUAUUGCGCAGGCUAUGGAAACCCAUCCCCCACAGGGCCAUGUGCGGCUGGGUACUACUGCCCUACAGGACAAAGUCAGGCUGACCCUCCUGCUUUUACCUGCCCACAAGGUCAUUAUUGCCCUGCCAGUGGGUUCCAUGAGCCAAUCCGCUGUGACUCGGGGACGUACCAGGACGAGACUGGGAAAGGAUCAUGUAAGACAUGUCCAGCAGGGUUUUACUGCGACAACACAAUCGCACCUGUGGUCCUGUUCAACUCCAGCUACUGUCCUCCAGGUCACUACUGCCCUGAUGGCACUCGAUUUGCAGAGGAGCACCGUUGCCCCAGGGGCACCUUUAGUAACAGCAGUGGCCUGGGUGAGGUGACGGACUGCACGCCCUGCCCUGGUGGUUACUACUGUGACGAAGAGGCACAGACGGACUAUACCAAGACCUGUUUAUCCGGGUAUUAUUGUAGACAGAACGCUGUAUCGGGAACGCCAUCGCAGGGCUAUGACGCAGAUGAAUGCCCCGCAGGGUUUUACUGCCCCGCCCAGUGCUCAGAGCCCCAGAAGUGCCCCCUGGGGACGUAUUCGGACAAUGUGCGCCUGACAGAUGUAUCAGAGUGUCUCAACUGCACACCCGGAUACUACUGUGGCGAACUCAACCUGACGUCUCCGAGCAGCCCUUGUCUCCCUGGCUACUACUGCCCUCUGGCGGCGACCUCUGCGACCUUUAUCGACUGUCCAGCCGGGUCUUUCUGUAACACCACAAGUUAUGCCCCUUACCCAUGCCCAGAAGGAACGUUUUCAAAUCAGACCAACAUGGAGUCAGAGACAGAUUGUAUGGACUGCCCCGGGGGUUAUUACUGUGGUACCGCAGGGCUGACAGAACCCUCAGGGCUGUGUGGAGAAGGGUACUACUGUCCGGUUGGUACUAUCUACAAAGAGCCGGCACUCACCUACUGUCCCAUUGGGCACUAUUGCCCUGAAGGCGUUGCUAUGCCGAUUCCGUGCAGGAAUAACAGUGCUGUAAACCACACCCACGCCGUGAUGUGCUACCCAUGUGCUGCGGGUUAUUACUGCGUGCUGCAGGGGCAGAGUGAGAUCUGCCCCCAGGGGUACUAUUGCCCGGCGGGCACUGGGUGGGACUGGCAGGCAUGUCCCAGGGGUACCUACAGUGACGUGGAGGGUCUGUACCAGGAGAGCCAGUGUAAACCUUGCCCCGCAGGGAAAUACUGUGAUGGAGAACACCUCACGGCACCCACAGGUGAUUGUUCUCCUGGGUACUGGUGUGUCUAUGGAGUUGACCGUCCGAACCCUGAUGGCAGCAACCAAUCACAGCCAUUGAACAACAGUUGCUAUGACGACCGUCAGCUAGGGUUUGGUGGGCGGUGUCCGGUUGGCCAUUACUGUCCCGGAGGUCUUGGUAGCGUCUUCCCGAUUCCCUGUGAGAAUGGAACAUACGCAGACAUGGAAGGCUUGGCAUCGUGCCAUUCUUGUCCCACAGGAUACUUCUGUCCUGAUGGAACAGCCAACUACACGGAUAACCCUUGCCCCACCGGAUACUACUGCCCAGCUGGCACAGGAUCUGGGAACCAGCAUCCGUGUGAUCCAGGGACGUACAAUGAUGUCACACACAGAUCUGAUCCCUCUCACUGUGUUCAGUGCCCAGGUGGUCAAUAUUGCGACAAUUACGGCCUCUCCACACCGUCUGGGACUUGUGACGACGGGUACUACUGUAGUGGUGGAGCCACUGUAGCAGCGCCCUCUGGUGUGGGUGGAGAUCGCUGCACCACCGGGUACUACUGCCCAGCGGGGUCCUCUGGACCGUUACCGUGCACACCAGGACACUUCUGUGGGACGGACGGACUGAAUGAAACAUCUGACAUGUGUCACCCAGGAUACUACUGUGUAUCCAUGGCAACCGUACCAAACCCUACUGAUGGAAAUGUGACAGGUGACAUUUGCCCAAUGGGUGCAUACUGCCCAGCAGGAAGUGCUGCGCCCUAUUUGUGCGGAGCUGGUUCCUUCCUAAACAGCACAGGUAAUGACGACAUCGCUGACUGUAUCAGCUGUCUACCAGGAUAUUUCUGUGCAGGGGGAGGUAACUCUGCCCCAUCGGGGCUGUGCGAUGCUGGAUAUUUCUGCCCGGGUGGUCAAGACGCCUCAAGUCCCCCAGGCUUCAACUGCACCCUGGGGCACUACUGCCCUGUGGGGAGCGCCGCACCCAUCCGAUGUCCCUCGGGAACGUACCAAGAUGAACUAGGGCAGUGGGGAUGUAAAGGUUGCCCUCAGGGUUACUACUGUGACAAUACAGAGGAUCCUGUUGUGUUGUACAAUAACUCUGCCUGCCCCACGGGCUUUUACUGCCCACCGAAUACCACACGGGCGACAGAAUUCCCCUGCCCCCUUGGGACCUUCAACAACAUCACCCACAGGACUGUGCUGUCAGACUGUGUUGCCUGCCUCGCUGGUCAGUUCUGCGAUCAAACUGGCCUUAACUGGCCGGCCGGAGACUGUCAAGCUGGGUACUACUGCAUGUACGGAUCGAACAGCCCAACUCCAACACUUGGGCAAAACGCUGACAUCUGCCCCGAGGGCUCCUACUGCACCUUAGGUUCAGCUGUGCCUCAGUCAUGCCCGCCCGGCGCCUUUAGCCCCACAGCUGGACGUCAGGACCUCAGUCAGUGUGUGAACUGCACUGCUGGAUUCUACUGUCCAGACUACAAUAUGACCACAGCUGGACCUCCAUGUCAGGAAGGGUACUACUGCCCCUCUGGAGCCGAUGUGGCGACUUACCUACUGUGUCCCCAAGGGUUUUACUGCCCCUCAGGUAGUGCUGAUCCUCUGCCCUGCCCCAGGGGAACCUUCUCUGACAGCCAGGGACUGAGCACACCAUGUACUAACUGUACAGGAGGCUAUUACUGUCCUAACACAGGUAUGACAGUUGCCACGGAUCAGUGCUGGGGAGGUUACUACUGCCCUGAGGGUCUGGACGUUCCUAACCCCGCCCAGUUCCUGUGCCCUCAGGGGGUACACUGUCCUAACGGGUCUGAGAUUUACAAGGAAUGCCCACCUGGUUACUAUGCCAACCACACAGGGGCCUCCAGUUGUGAGCUUUGCCCUAACGGGUUUUACUGCUUACCUGUCCAGCCUGAGAAUGCCACCCUUAACGCCCAGCCUUGCCCUGCAGGAUACUACUGCCCUCAAGGAACGGGUAUUGACUGGCAAUCCUGCCCUGCCGGUACUUAUAGCAACCAGGAAGGCUUGUACGCCAUUGGUCAGUGUGUGUCAUGUGACGCGGGGCUGUACUGUAGUGGAGAACAUCUCACCCAACCAACAGGAAUCUGUUCAGCAGGAUAUUUCUGCACUUCAGGUGUGGAUCGCCCCAACCCUGCCUCUGACAAUACAAGCGCCCCCAAUUGCACUUGCCCUGAACAAUCUUACUUCACCGGGGUAGGAGGAGUGUGCCCCUAUGGACACUACUGCCCUGAGGGGUCGGGUAUGCCCAUCCCUUGUGAGGCCGGAAGCUAUGCAGACUCCACCGGUCAAGCAGUCUGUACACAGUGUCCAGCUGGCUACUUCUGCUUAACUAACUCGUCAGAGUUCCUGUCUAUGCCAUGUCCAGCAGGUCACUACUGUCCUAAUGGUACAGAACUGCCCACCCAGUUUCGCUGCCCACCCGGAUCAUACAACCCCACAGAGUCUGGGGUGUCUCUGGAUGACUGCUUGGCUUGCCCAGGGGGUCAAUACUGUGAGGGAUAUGGAAAUCCCCAGCCCACAGGGAACUGCUCAGUUGGAUGGUACUGCUCCGGUGGUGCUGACAGCCCUAACACCACCACCCAUGGAGGAGAGUGUCAACCUGGUUUCUUCUGUCCUGAAGGUUCCUCUGACCCUCAGCCUUGCCCAGGAGGUCAGUUCUGUCAGUUUUCGACACUUGCGGAACCAACAGGGAACUGCUCUGCCGGAUACUACUGUAGCGCCCGGUCCAGCUCUGCCACGCCACUAGAUGGCAGCACCGGUGACCGAUGCCCUGCUGGGUAUUUCUGCCCAGAAGGUUCUGCGUACCCAGUCCCUUGUUCUCCCGGGACAUAUAGCCCAAGCAUUGGAAACACGAAUGUCGGCGAUUGUCUCCCUUGUUCAUACGGAGAGUACUGCGGUGACUACAACCUUACGGCCACCUCAGGAAAUUGUAGCGCUGGAUUCUACUGCCCACAAGGGGAGAUAACUCCAGAUCCUCAUCUGUGUCUUGUCGGCCAUUACUGCCCUGAGCACACCUCACAGCCAAUCAUCUGCCCCAGUGGAUUCUACCAGGAUCUGAUUGGUCAGGACACCUGCAAGACUUGUCCAGACGGCUACUUCUGCGACAACAGCUAUGGGGUUGUUGUUGUAAAUGACACUGUGAAAUGUCCAGAGGGGUUUUAUUGUCCUCCAGGCACCCAGAGAAGUGACCAAUGGCCUUGCCCACUGGGGACAUUCAGUAACCGCACUGGCCUCAAUCAGAGUAGCCACUGCUCUCCCUGCUCUGCCGGAGAAUUCUGUGGUCAGACUGCACUUACCUCCCCUUCUGGGCCGUGUCAUGCGGGAUACUUCUGUAAACAGUACGCCGAGUCAGCCACACCCAGUCAGGCACCAGAUGCUGAUGUCUGUCCACAAGGUUUUCACUGUGAGGAGGGUACUGCCAGCCCUGUCGCCUGCUCUCCCGGAAGUUACGGGUCGAGUACAGGGCUGAGGAACCAAUCAGAAUGCUCUCUGUGUGUAGGAGGGGCCUAUUGUGAAUCUCAGGGACUGACAGCUCCAGAAGGUUUAUGCUAUGCUGGGUAUUAUUGUGAGAUGGGCGCAGAUUCCCGGCGUGAAGCUAUCUGUCCCCCUGGGCACUUUUGCCCCGAGGGCACGGCAGUGCCAGAGAGAUGCCCGGAGGGUACCUUUAACCCCUACCAUGGCCUUAAUAGCUCCACGGAAUGUACGGACUGCACCCCAGGGCAUUUCUGCGGAGAAGAAGGCCUUAACACCACAUCUGGCCUCUGCUCACCUGGCUACUACUGCCCAAUGGGUCAGAACAAUUCGCAGCCUGUGGAUUACCCUUGUCCCCACGGGCAUUUCUGCCCAGUAGGGUCAGUUGAACCCACACCGUGUGGUAAUGGGACUUAUGUGAAUCACACCUUGGCAUCGGAAUGCUACAUCUGUCCGGAGGGAUGGUACUGUCUGGAUGGGGAUCUAAUUGCCCCUUGCCCCAUGGGGUACUUUUGCCCCGCCCAGACUGGUGUGAACUGGCAACCUUGCCCGAUGGGCACAUACAACAAUGACACCGGCCUGUGGGAGGAGUCACAGUGUAAGCCAUGUCCAGGAGGAGACUACUGCGAUCUGUAUGCCGGUGUUGUUCCAUCAGGGCAGUGCGAGGCUGGGUACUACUGCGAGUACGGGAUGGAUAGAUCUCGUCCCACAGGCGGGAAUUUGACGCAGGUCAAUGGCACUUGCUUGCUUGAUGGUGGACAGACAGGUGUGGGUGGGCUAUGUUUUGAGGGACACUACUGCCCCGAGGGCACCACAUACCCCAUCCCCUGUGAGGCAGGGUCCUUCAGUAAUGCCACAGGCCUGGCUGUCUGUUACCAGUGCCCUGCGGGUUACUUCUGCCUGGAAGGUGCUGCCACCUAUGAAGACACACCUUGCCCUAGUGGCCACUAUUGUCCCCCAGGGACAGCUGUUGCUGUGAGCAACCCGUGUCCUGUCGGCACCUACUAUAACCUGACGUUGGCGAGGACGGUUGAGGAUUGUCUCCCUUGUCCGGGUGGAGAAUACUGCGAGACAACGGGGCUAACCUACCCCACAGGAAAGUGCUCACCAGGAUGGUAUUGCAGUGAGAAUUCAAGUUCUGCAACUCCAUCGUCCCCAGAAGGUGGAAAGUGUCAGCCAGGCUUCUAUUGCCCUGAGGGGUCGACUGCACCCACCCAGUGUGACCCAGGCCUUUACUGUCAGACUUCUGGUUUACCCCUACCCACAGGAAACUGUUCUGCCGGUUUCUACUGUACCCUGGAGGCAUCCAGCCCUACCCCCACAGACAACAUAACUGGAAGCAUGUGUCCGGUGGGGCACUUCUGUCCUGAGGGAAGUCAAUCCCCUGAGCCCUGCCCUGUGGGGUACUACCUUGACAGCACCCAUCACGACAGCCUAGUGGACUGUGUGCCCUGCCCAGGGGGAGAGUACUGCCCCGGAGUGGGGCAGGAGUUGCCCCAGGGUCCGUGUAGUGCUGGUUACUACUGUCCACCUGGCCAAAAUUCAUCCCAACCUUAUGAGUACAGGUGUCCGAUUGGUCAUUACUGUCCUCUGGGUUCUGAUCAACCAAUCCGAUGUGACAACGGAACAUACCAGGAUGUAGAGACUCAAGAGUCAUGUGACACAUGUCCCGCGGGUUAUGUGUGCGACAACACCAUGGGCAUUGUCAUCCUUGACAACAGCACCACGCUUUGCCCCAUGGGAUACUUCUGUCCUUCAGGAACAAGGUUUAGCUGGGAAUUCCCAUGUCCGAUCGGAACUUUCAACAAUUUAACAGGCCUGACUGCUGAACAGAGUUGUUCCCCUUGCCUGGGAGGUUUUUACUGCCCAGUACCAGGCAUUGUGACCCCAGUUGACCUCUGUGAUGCUGGGUACUUUUGUAAACAAGGAGCCAACAUUUCAGCCCCUGACCAAGGUGCAGAUGCUAACGUUUGCCCUCAGGGUUACUUCUGCGCCCUGGGCACCUCUGCCCCACUAGCCUGCCCCAAGGGCUCUUACAGUAACCUGACUGGUCUGACUGCAAUUGUGGAGUGUACAGACUGCCCCGAGGGUCAGUACUGUGCCGAAAUGGGCAGGACUUCCCCUAGUGGGCUGUGUGAUGCAGGGUUUUACUGUGAACUAGGGUCUAAUAGCUCCCAGAGUAUCAUAUGCCCUGUGGGUCAUUUCUGCCCUAUGGGGUCGGGCGCCCCGACACCCUGCCCUAACGGGACCUACACGAACGCCCUGGGGAAUACAGGUGUCAAUGACUGUGAACCUUGUGAUCCAGGCAAAUACUGCAAUGGCACAGGCCUCUCAGCCCCUGUGGAUUUCUGUGACUUAGGUUUCUACUGCCCUGGAGGAGACACUGUUCCGAACCCCGUUGAAACGCCUUGUCCUAUUGGCUUACAUUGUCCACUGGGAACCAGCGUACCAGUACCAUGUGAUCCUGGCACAUAUGCAAAUUUCUCCCAGGCAUCCUAUUGCCUGGAAUGUCCAGCAGGGUUCUACUGUGUACCUGAAGAAGUCAUCGAAGGCAAUUCUAGUUCAGGACAUCGCCUUUGUCCUAGAGGGUUCUACUGUCCAACUGGAACAGGUCGAAACUGGACUGCGUGUCCAGUGGGAACCUUCAGCAAUGUCCUUGGUCUGGAGAUGGACACAGAUUGCCAGCUGUGCUCAGGUGGCAUGUUCUGUGACCUUACAAACUUGACAGCACCCUCUGGUGCCUGCGACCCAGGCUACUACUGCACAGUGGGUGUGGACACGCCAACACCCUCUGGUGGCCACCUUGGGCAAGGAGGAAUUUGCCCUGAAGGUCAUUUCUGUCCAGGGGAGACAACUUUACCUGAAGGCUGCUAUGCAGGGUUUUAUCAGGAUUUGACCGGUCAGUCUGACUGCACCCCAUGUCCAGCAGGCUACUUCUGUCCAGCUAACUCUACCACGUACACAGACAAACUCUGCCCGUCGGGUCAUUACUGUCCAAUCAGCACGCAGUAUGACAUCCAGUACAAGUGUCCUCGUGGAACCUUCAACAAUCUCACAGGUCAAGCAAAUGAAACUGGAUGUCAGCCAUGUGAACCUGGAUAUUAUUGUGAUGGGGAAGGCCUGGUGACCCCUACAGGAAAAUGUGAUAUGGGAUGGUUUUGUACAUUAGGGUCUUACUUGGCACAGCCCACUUCUCCAGAAGGGGGGAAAUGUGUUGCCGGUGAAUAUUGUCCAAUGGGAAGCUCAGCUCCUCUCGGCUGUGACCCUGGACAGUACUGUGACACUGAUAUGAUGUCAUCACCACGUGGAGACUGUGAUGAUGGGUACUACUGCAUUGGGAACUCCUCUACCGCAAGACCGUCAGGCGUCGGGGGUGACAGAUGCCCUGUCGGUCACUACUGCCCCUCCGGGAGCUCUGCCCCACAGCCCUGCAUGGCGGGGCACUUCCUGCCCAGUGUAGGGGCUCACAACUCGACCUGGUGUCUGCCGUGUACUGCAGGAAUGUUUUGUAAUCAAUCCGGACUAGCCCAACCAGAUGGAGACUGUGACCCAGGUUACUAUUGCCCUGAGGGCCAAACAGUCAGACAGCCAUCUGCAUACGAGUGCCCAGCCGGCCACAAGUGUCCUGUUGGGUCAAGUAUCUACCAGUUGUGUCCAUCAGGGACAUACCAGGAUGAAGUACGGCAGAGCGCUUGUAAAGAAUGUCUAGGCGGAUUCUACUGUGACAAUACCCUGGGACCGAUUGUCAACUACACCCUGUUUGUCUGUCCAGAAGGUCAUUACUGCCCCAACGGAACUCGAUCUGCAGCUCAAUACCCAUGCCCCCUGGGGACAUUCAACAACAACACGGGCCUGACCGCACCAGAGAGUUGCGACCCUUGUCUCGGUGGCUUCUACUGCUCUGGCGGGACAGUCUAUCCCACAUUGCCAUGCAGCUCAGGCUACUACUGUCGCACGGGUGCCCAAACGGCUGCACCCGCUCAGUUCCCCAAUGCGGCAGAAUGCCCUGUGGGACACUAUUGCCCUGAGGGUACUGUAGAACCCUUCCAGUGCCCAGCGGGGACAUUCUCUAACACGACAAGGUUACGGAAUAUCACAGAGUGUUCGGAUUGCACGGCAGGUAGCUUUUGUGGGUCACGGGGGCAGACAGAGCCCUCAGGGCUAUGUACACCAGGAUUCUACUGUCAACAAGGAUCGGACACAGCCACACAGAUCCUCUGUCCCCCAGGCAGAUACUGCCCCCAGGGUACCCACACUCCUGUACGCUGCCCCCCCGGAACCUUCUCUAACGCAACCCACCUGACCUCUGACUCAGAGUGUACGUCCUGUACGGCAGGGUUCUACUGUCAGAGUUCAGGACUGACCAGUGAGGAAGGACUAUGUACCCGGGGAUAUUACUGCCCUACAGGCUCCGUGACAGGCAAUCAGAUCGUGUGCCCGAUUGGCCUCCACUGUCCCGAGGGAGCAGAUCAACCCAGGUCAUGUGCCCCGGGUUUCUUCACUAAUCGUACGGCUCAGUGGGAAUGUGAGAUCUGCCCAGACGGCUUUUUCUGUCUACCUGAAAAUGUGACGGCCGGCGACCCACAGUCCGGUUACCAUGACUGCCCGGCUGGUUACUACUGCCCUAACGGAACCGGUUUGGACUGGUUACCCUGUCCCAAGGGCACAUACAGCACACAGACUAAUCUGUUCAAGGUUGAACAGUGUCAAGACUGUGAUGGAGGUCGAUACUGCUCACUAGAGGGUGCCACCUCCGUCACGGGGCCAUGUUCUGCGGGGUACUACUGUGAAUCCGGCGUAGAUCGCCCAAACCCGAACAAUGCUGCCACCAAUAGCUCGUAUGCUCCAUCAUGCCCGUUGAUUGGAGGUCACACAGGUUUUGGUGACAUCUGUCCCCGGGGUUACAUGUGCCCUGUUGGAAGUACCUUACCUGAAGGCUGUGCUCCGGGCAUGUACCAGGAUGAGGAAGGGAAACCCACCUGUAAAACUUGCCCACCAGGGUACUACUGUACUGCUAACUCCACGGACUACUCUGACAAGCCCUGCCCCCUGGGGCAUUACUGCCCUCUGAGUACCCCAGGGCCCUACACAAACCCCUGCCCAACGGGAACAUUCAACCCUGCUGAGGGACAAAGCAACCAGACGUCUUGUUUGCCGUGCACUGCAGGAAUGUACUGCCUGACGCAAGGGUUACCUUCCCCUACUGCCAACUGCAGUGAGGGUUGGUAUUGCCUGGGUGGAGCUGUCCAAUCUAUGCCGACUGACCCCACCCAGGGGGGUAAGUGCCUCGCUGGUCAGUACUGCCCCUUAGGUAGCCCGGGCCCCAUUCCCUGCACAGGGGGAAUGUACUGUGACAGGGAUCGGCUCCCCGACCCCACGGGAUACUGCUCACAAGGUUACUACUGUACCCAGAAUGCCACCUACCACAGCCCUUUUGAUGGUGUGACAGGGGACGAGUGCCCUAAAGGUCACUACUGCCCAGUUGGGAGCGACAGUCCAACUCCAUGCCCUAUUGGGUACUAUCUGGACACCAAGAGAAACAGUGCCCAGUCAUCUUGCAAAAUCUGUCCUGCAGGGCGUUACUGCGGAGCUGAAGGCCUCCCCUUGUCCACAGGGAACUGUGACCCUGGCUACUACUGCCCCGUGGGUCAAACCUCAGCCACUCCUGCUAACUUCUCCUGCCCUGAAGGUCACUUUUGUGUUGGGGGGAUGGGUGAACCAGAGCCCUGCCCAUCAGGACAAUACCAGGAACUGACAGGUCAGUCUGCCUGUCUCUUGUGUCCAGCUGGGUUCUACUGUAAUGCCACAUUUGGACCAGUGGUCAGUUUUGGACAGUCCAUCUGCCCUGAAGGUUUCUACUGCCCUAAUGGAACCUGCUUUGCAGAGGAGUAUCCGUGUCCACGUGGAACCUUUAACAACAGAACAGGUGUGGGCAUGGAAUCAGACUGCAGCCCGUGUGUGGGUGGGAUGGCCUGUGACUCCGUGGGGCUGUCUUACCCCCUCAGCCCUUGCUCCCCAGGGUACUUCUGCAGGGAGGGGGCCGAUGCCACUACCCCUAACUUAGGUGUUAAUGCUGACGUGUGUCCUGCUGGAAGCUUCUGUCCAGAGCAGACAUCAGAUCCCGUGCCCUGUCCCCUGGGCACCUUCAGCCCCACCCCGGGGCUUCACUCUGAGGGCCAGUGUAAUAACUGUACUGGUGGCUACUUCUGUAACGAGACGGGAUUAACAACAUCAGUUGGACCUUGCCUUGAGGGUUACUUCUGUCCACCGGGAUCCUCUUCACCAAAUCAGAUCAUCUGUACCCAGGGUUAUUUCUGCGGACCUGCCACCCAAGACCCCGCCCCCUGUCCUAACGGCACGUUCUCCGAUCGUCAGGGAUUGGCUGUGGUGUCAGAGUGUCGCCCUUGUACACCGGGCUACUUCUGUAAUGGUUAUGCCCUCAUCAAUGUCACAGGACCGUGUAGAGAAGGAUAUUACUGCCCUGAAGGGUCGAGUGUUGAGACAGAAAUUAUCUGCCCCUUGGGAAAACAUUGCCCACUAGGUAGCGCUGUUCCUCAGGACUGUUUAGUAGGAACGUACACAGAUUACCAUGGGGCUGUGACAUGCACGUUAUGCCCGGAAGGCUACUACUGUCUGCCUGAGCUAGUCACAGAAGGUGACCCAGCCUCUGUGAGAACACCCUGCCCCCCAGGGUAUUUCUGCCCCAAUGGUACUGGGCACAACUGGCAGGCCUGCCCUGCAGGAACCUACAGCCCCACGGCCGGGCUGAGAACUGUGGAGGAAUGCACACCAUGCACUGCUGGCCAGUUCUGUCAAGGUAGCAACUUGACCUCUCCAUCUGGUCAGUGUAUGGAAGGGUUUUACUGUGUAUCUGGAGUUGACCGCUCCAACCCACUCCUUCUUAACGGAACACAGUGUCCACUGGGUAUGGUCCAUCCCAUCAUCGGUGACCAAUGCCCAGCCGGUCAUUACUGCCCACAUGGUACAGACUACCCCAUUGGCUGCCCUGCAGGUACCUACCAAGAUCUGACCAAUCAGGCAAGCUGUAAGCCGUGUCAGGAAGGGUUUUAUUGCUAUAGUAACACAUCUGACUAUACCAGCAAUGUCUGCCCUAGUGGGUACUACUGCCCGGAGAAUACCACAGAUCCAUUUGAGUUUCCGUGUCCUCCAGGAACGUUCAACAAUGUUACGGGACAACAGGAUGUCCAGGGUUGUCUCCCCUGUGUGGCUGGCUCUUAUUGUCAAGGCUACGGCAAUUCUGCACCGACUGACCUUUGUUCACAGGGAUGGUACUGCCCUAAUGGGUCAUCAAGUGCAACGCCUCCUGGCCAUCAGUGUGACAUUGGCUACUUCUGUCCUCUUGGGUCAGAGGUCAUGACCCCUUGCAUCCCGGGUCAAUACUGCAACUCUCCUGGCCUGGACCUACCGGUGGCGGAUUGCGACCCAGGAUACUAUUGCCCAUUGGGCGCAUCAUCCCCACAAGAAGUGGAUUGCCCCAGGGGAUAUUAUUGCCCGGUGGGUAGUGAUGUUCCCACGGACUGCAGGAAUGGCACAUACAGUGAUGAUUUGCGGCUGCAGUCAGAGAGCGAGUGUACAGAUUGCAGUGCUGGGAAGUAUUGUAAUGGAACGGCACUGACUGCACCCUCUGGUUUGUGCGAGCAAGGCUUCUAUUGCCCACCUGGACAGAGCGUGCCUAAUCCCUAUGACUUCCUGUGCCCUCUGGGUCACUACUGCCUGGAGGGAAGCUCCAUCCCUACAAGGUGUGAUAGUGGCUUUUAUCAGAACGAGGAAGGAAGGGCAUCUUGUAAACCAUGCCCAGAAGGAUACUACUGUGACAACUCCUUAGCACCUGUCGGUAACCUUGCUGCCUUGUACUGCCCUGGGGGACACUACUGCCCCAACGGUACAGAGAGAGCUAACCAGUUCCCCUGCCCCCCAGGGACGUUUAGUAACAAGACUCACCGCACCCAGGCUUCAGAGUGUCAGGACUGUCCUCCAGGCUUCUACUGUCAAAGCGCAGGAUUGGAUGAGCCGGAGGGGCUGUGUUACCCAGGCUACUACUGUAAUGGGAGCACCAUCUUACCCAACCCGCCCGAUGCCCUCUGCCCAAUUGGUAACUACUGUCCUGAAGGUAGCUAGCCCACACCGUGCCCUGCAGGGACCAUGUCUACAGGGCUAGGCAAUGUGAACCUCACAGACUGUGUGCCGUGUAAGCCUGGGAACUACUGUACACCUCAGAGCUCCAGGAACGGUAUGAGCUUACCGUGUAGUCUUGGGUAUAUCUGCUUGAGUGGAUCUGAUGUUCCUAACCCCACAGACGGAGUGAAGGGCUACAUCUGCCCUGUGGGGCACUACUGUACUGAAGGGGCCGUCACAGAGACGCCCUGUGAUAGGGGGACGUACGCACCCAAUCAGGGACGAGGCGCCUGUGAGCUGUGCCUUGCCGGACAGACGUGUCCCAGAAUGGGGAUGAACCAGACUGAUCCUUGUCCAGCGGGUCACUACUGCCCAGAGGGUACCUUCUCCGAUGGUCUGCCCUGCCCUAUGGGUACGUACAACCCUCACCUGGGUAUGAGCACCGCUGACCAGUGUCUGGCUUGUCCCCCCGGGAAAUACUGUAAUCAGUCAGGCCUGGACUCUCCUAGCAAUGACUGUGACGCAGGUUACCUCUGCCUAGAGAACGCCACCACACCAACCCCUAAUGAUGGGCUCAAUGGACCCUGCCCUGUGGGGCGUUAUUGUUUGUCAGGGACAACGUCUCCCACCAGAUGUCCUCGCGGCACAGUUCGCAACCAGACUGGAGCGUCAGAAGCAGACUGUCGAGCUUGCUAUGCCGGGUUCUACUGCGCCAAUGAAGGGGAGACAACUCCCACAGGAAUCUGCGAUGAGGGUUACUACUGCCCUGACUUGGCCAAGAUUGACACAGCUACUCCGACAGACUUCGCUUGCCCCGAGGGGUUCUAUUGUCCCCCCGCAACAGAUGUACCCCAGGGGUGUGCUCCAGGCACUUACCAACCUUCCAAAGGCUCUAUAGGUUGUCUCCCCUGUCCAGAAGGCUUCUUCUGCCUGAUGAACUUCAGUUUGCCAGAGCCGUGUCCUGCGUAUUCGUACUGCCCUGCUGGGACAGGUUCACCCGAACUGUGCCCAGACGGGACAUACACAGACAGCUUCACCACAGGGCUGAUCCGUGACAGUGACUGCUCACAGUGUCCUGCAGGUAAAUACUGUGUGGGUGGGAGAGUCGCCGGAGACUGUGCUGCUGGGUACCUCUGUGUCACGGGCAUGGAUGUGCCCAAUCCGAACGCCACCCAACGCCCCAACGGGGGCCCAUGUCCUUACGGCUACUAUUGCGUUGCAGGUACGACAGCCCGUGCCUCCUGCCCACCCCUGCGCUUCAUCGACAAGGAAGGGGCGGGGUCUGAGACCGAGUGCCAGCCCUGCCCCGCUGGGCGAAUCUGUCCGGAGAACUCCACCCUGUCCAUUCCGUGUUACCCAGGGCACUACUGUGAGGCCAGUCAGCCCAUCCAGAUGUGCCCAGAAAGAACGUACAAUGACCUAGAUGGCGCCACGGACAUCUCGUGGUGUAAGCCGUGUCCUCCGGGCUACUGGUGUAAUGAGGAAGGAAUGGCGAAUUUCACAGUCAGUCCUUGUCCCCCAGGGUUCUUCUGCACUAAUGCCACAUACGGGCCUGAAGCCUGCCCUCCUGGCACAUACAGACCCGACAUUGCAGCUGGAUCCGUGUCAGACUGUUAUCCGUGCCCGGCUGGGUAUUACUGCGAUGAGACGAAUGCUACCAUCGUGGGCACCCAAUGCAGAGAAGGGUACUUCUGCCCCGAGGGGUCACAGAAUGAGACCAUCUGUCAGCCAGGUUAUUACUGUAACAUGUCACGGACACAAACCCCUUGCCCACCCGGGUUCUACUGUCCAGUGAUGUCCAGUUACCCACUGCCCUGCCCUGCCGGUCACUACUGUGGCGGUCAAGACUGCAACAGCUCAGAUCCAGGUGCCCUGGAGCCAAUGAAAUGCCCUCUGGGAUAUAAGGAAUAUGAUGGGUCACCACAGGCAACGUUUGAGGAUACUUGUGAACCUUGCCCCGCAGGGUAUUAUGGGAAUGAUCCCGAUCGUGCCUUCUGUCACCCGUGUCGCGCGGGCGUCGUCUGUAAAGCAAUGGCCAUCACCGACCAACCUGGCAGCAAUGACAGCGCUGUAUUUGGUUAUAACUUCACAAACUCCUAUCCUUGUCCCCCAGGAUACUAUUGCCCUGAGAAAAGUGUGGAAGCCACACCUUGCCCUGUGGGGCGUUACAACCCUAACGAGUAUGCAGGAAGUUACCAGGAUUGCUCCCCCUGCCCCGUCGACCACUUCAACCACCUGGAGGGCCAGACAGGGUGUUUCUCCUGUGGGGGUGAGGCCACACAGGUCAACAUCGGCCAGUCAGAAUGUACCUGUAUUGGAGCUGGGCGGGACUUUCAGCCGGGUGACCGCCAGUGCCCCUGUGCUGUGGGUUUCUAUGAGGCAGACGGCGAGGAGACAGACUGCAUCAAGCGAGUGUAUGAACUGUGUGCUGAGGGAGAGACCAGGAACCAGUAUGGCCAGUGUCUGUCAGCUGUAGAGUGGGAAAACCAGUGUGUUCAGCUGGAAUGUGGUGGGUAUGACCAGUACCUUGGUUACGACCGCUUACUGGGCAUGUGCAAGUGUAAGGUUGAUGACCUGAAUGCCAUCUGCGAUUACGAGUGUCGCCAGGCGCAGAAAGAUCGCAUUACUCUGACCUGUCCUGAGCGACCCCAGGAGCCGUACAUCACUGUGAGGAACUCUAACCAUACUGUCAUGUUUGAAAUUCCAACCAGCAACAUCAUAUCGGCAAUCAAUGCGCGUGAAUCAUUGACAUCAGAUCAAUGUGAGGCCCUUGACGGGACGGAGUACCCGAUGAACAUCGUGGAAAUGAGCAACGAUGGCUUCUUGGGAGUGUACAACCCAGAUCCAGACCAGCUCCAGACACUUCUAACAGACAAUGCCAAGGGAGACUACUCUGGGAACAUCACCGUGGACUACAGCUCGGUGUCUGGCCGCCGACGGCUUUUGGCAACGUCAGGCGUUGCUGGAUCGCUGCUAACGGGCAUAAAGAACCCCACGACGUGCCUGACGUAUGGCUCCUACAUGAUGUUCAGUAUCAGCCAGACAUAUUAUCCAGUCUAUGACAGAGAAAAUCUCUACAACACCAAUGAGAAUUUUGAUUACUCUGGUUUCCGAACGCUGGUAGAAACCAUGGCACAGGAGUCCUCCAACACAUCGCUCUUCUCCUACAAGUUUGCCGACCCGGGGGUGUAUGUCUUCUACCUGAGCACAAACCAAUACAGCAAAAUGUAUGUUCGUGUGAUGGCUGACAACGCGCAGUGCUCUGAGGACGGCCCCUUCUUCCCGACAACUGCCCGUUACACGAUCCUCAUGGGCGUGGCCUUGGAUCAAGAGAUCCUCAAGUCACCUGACUGGCUGGUUAUCUUCAUCCUAUUGGCAGCUGCUUUCCUCGCCAUGGUGAUCAUGGUCCUAGCUUUGGUACUAUUCAGGAAGUAUGGCUGGUCCAAGACGUCGUAUCUUUACCCGUACUACCGUUUCCUCGCAUUGCUCUACAACUUUGACGAUUACGCCAGCAAGGGCUCCACGAUCCACCCUGCCAAAAAAUAUCACCGUCAUAUCCAGGCUCUAGCAGUUCAGGGUAGUUCUGUGCCUGCCAUAGACAACGGAUCAGAGCCUGCAGACAUUUUGGAUGCGAAUGCUGUAGAAGUUAAAGGAGAUGAAUUCUGGGAUUAUGACCAGCAAGUUGACCUGGAGGGAUUCAGUGCGCCAACUUUGUACUCCACGCUGGCAACUCAGUCUAAAAACGUGACGCGAACUCUUGGGAAACAGAAGGAUGAGGUAAAACAGAUGUAUCAGCGAAUAGCCAAUCAGAGUGAUUCUCUCAAAGGCCUUUGGGCUGCCAAGAUGAAUUUGAAAGGCAAAGUGGCAUUGGCUACUGAUGAAGAUUUGAGGAAUUAUGAGAGGAAAGCUGAGGCUCUGGAAAUUGAGCUGGAGCGAAGAAAAGAAAUUGGGAAACGUUUUGAAGUAAUACUGGAUCGUCAGAGAGAAAUUUUGGAAGAUGACGAGUUACUACGGGAACAGCAUCAGGUGGCGUUCGAAGCAGCAUUCAGGGAAGCCAACCGGCUGCUGGAACAGCACACGGAACUUCUGCAGAAAGGGGAACUCUCCACGGAUGGGCAAUUUGACAAAGUGCGUCACCAGAUCGUGGAGAACAGAGUCACAAUUCUACUGGAGAAGAUGGCUGGUGAAGUGACAGAGGAAAGCCAUCGUGUGGGGGCGUGGGGUGUUAUCGGAGAGGGUAGCGGAGGGCAAAUCAUGCACCCUGGGACAAGAACACCUGUCACUACACAGGAGCUCUUUGGUGACGCCAACAAGGUUCAGAUGCCCGACCUUGUCAGGGUCAACCCAACCACUGGUCUAGUUAUGCCCCUUGGUGGCACGCAGAUGAUGACUGCAGAUGGCGCUGCUGUUGAUAUUCCUGCCGAUCAUUUUGUACAUCCACAGACAGGACGUGUCUUACCGAUCCACGGAAAUGUGGCAUUUGACACGGUGUCUACAAAACUUCUGUUUACUGUGGAUUCUGCAACAGGCGAAGUGCCACGUUCGGAAGAUCCACUGAUUCCCUAUGUGCCGUAUCCCACGAAACCUAGCGACGGAACUCCCAUCCAGACUAAGCUAUCUCCUCUGGAAAAUCCAGGGGAGUUGAAAUUCGGUAACCCGAUCCCAGACCCUGAAAGUGGACUUCAUGUACCCAUCCUGGCCGUGACCAUCCAUCCAUCAUCUGGCGCAGUUCUGCCACUAGGGGGCACUCACGUGGACCCCGUGACAGGCCUACCUGUUCCCAUCGAGGUGGGGUCGCUGAUGAUUGACCCAGAGUCAGGAACACCUGUCCCGAUUUUAACAGUCUCGUUGGAUCCAGAAUCAGGAGGGGUUGUCCCUGUGGGCGGAGUUCAUGAAGGUCAAACUAUUGCACCUAUCAUACCAGGAGAAUCAUACGUCGACCCGAUGAGUGCCAAACUUGUACGCACCUACAGUGGUUACCGUUGGAACGGCCAGGUGCUGCCCUCUAGUGGUGGUUACCAGGCACUUUUGGAUGCGAAUGUGUUAGCGUGUGAAGCGCGUGCCCUGGACUCCUUGGGUGCCUACAGAGAUGCGGUCAUGGCCAUUGAAUCACCCAAAUCCCUCAACGUUCGACUGGAACAAAACAACCUUGAGAUGUCUUUGAAGGAACUGUCCAAAGCCCGAAAUCGCCUGAAGACGCAUCUUCUGCGCACAAGUCAUGACAUAGCGCGCAGACAAGAUCGAGCAGCCAUCUUAGCUACCACUGGAGGAUCACCAGGAAUGUAUGAGUUUUCACAGACUGGAGAGUUACUUCCGAUUCUGAUCGGCACAACGAUGUCAGACCCCAGCGGCACAGAGCAGGAUGUACCCAUUCUGGGUGCUGGACACAGCAAGAAAACAGGCAGAGUUGUGCCCCUUGGAGGUACCAUGGAAGAUCCAUAUGGGGCAGGUCUGAUACCUAUCAUGAUAGGGAAGAAAGCUGUUGAUCCCUUGACUGGAGAGUUAAGUCCAAUAAGUGGGGUCCGUGUGAGCCCCGAAUCAGGUAACAUCAUUCCCGUCACCUUGUCUAGCAGUGGGCACGUAAAGCGCAAACCUCCCUUGGGGGCCACAGCUCUUCUAGAGGAUGAAAUAGUGGCCCGUGCAAGCUUCUGGCGUCGCCAACGGCAAAGAGAGGAGGAGCUUACAUUGAAGGAACAUCAGCUGAUGCAGAGUUUGCUUUUCGAUAUCGAUUCUGUGAAUUCCAAGAAGUUGGAGAAACAUUUGUCAGAGGUUGACGCUCAGGCGCAUGCGUCAAAUGAAUCUGCGAAAAGAGAAGUUCAAAGGCGGGCUGCAGCCGAGGAGGAAUAUGCCGUAGUUUUGCCGCCAGACGUCAUUGCCGUGCUGCGUCAAGGAGACGAAUCAGAACGCGACCACGAGGAAUCGCAUGUUGGCGCGCAUGUUCGCUUUGCAGACACUAUUCGAAAGUUGUCAUCAAAGCUUCAAGCAGAAGAAAAGAAGUUCAAGGAUAGGAUAAGUGACCUUGAAGGUGCUUUAAAUCCUGAAGCGGAAAAUACCGCUUUGCAACGAUACAAACAGGCAAAGACUAGGCUACAGUCGGAACUGAGGGAACAGAUUCGCACCCGCAUGGAAGUGCUUGAUGCAGAGCACUCAGCUUUGGAAUACGCCCGGCAGAGGUCAGAAUUGCUGACAAAGGAAGCUAAAGCUGUUCUGACCAGAUCAGUGCUUCUUGCUGGAGACUAUGAUGCUCAGUUGUCUGGUGUCUACGGCAACGCAGAGGGUUCCAGCGAAUCUUCAGAUUCUGAAUUGAUUCCACUUCUGAAACAGUUAAUAGCUUUGCUCGAAGGUGGAGGGCCAUUUUAUUUGUCUGCCGAUUUGUUGAAUUUGAUACAAGGUGGUGGACAAACGACGGUUGUCAAAAGCAACCUGGUUAAAACAACAACAACAAGUAACUACCAAGAUAGAAAUGUAACAACAGUAAAGCCUUUACAGAAAUCUCCGGAUAGCAAGACAACCAAGACUGACGAUGAAAAGGUGUAUGUUGUAGGCGAUCCGUCCAAAGUGGGUCCAAACGUCCCUAAGUCUGACAAUGAAGUGGCAGAGAAAGGAAGAUACUUGUUUGAAAAGCAGGCUUACGAAGCCACAAAGCUGGAGAGCGCUUUGUCAAAGGAAGAAAUGGAUUCCAUCAAUGACACAAUCAAAAGUUGCGCCGAUGGGAAGAAAGAGGCCACAGAAAAGGUGCAAGAAGACUUGAGAAGAAAACUGCUCAGUGCCUCGACUGAACAAGAGAAGGAGAAAAUCAUGAUGGAGUACGCUAAAAACCUUCAAAAUAUCAACGAAGGACUGGAGAAACAGAAGCAGCAGCAGUUAUCUGCUCUUAGAAAGAAGCUGCAAGAUCGCCGACGGCAACAGAAGAAAGAUCUUCAUCGCAGCCAUAUUGAGGAAGCAAAAUCACAUGGUUUGCCUGCGGAUAGUGUCCCAGCUAUGACUUUACCAACCAACGACCAAAUUGACCAAGACCUUCUUAAGCUACAACAACAACAAGAAAAACUGCAGGCAGAGCUGGACAGGAAUGGGGCUGAAGCUAGCGACAUCACUGUUGGACUGUACGGCGAAGAUCUCGCAGACCGCAUAAAACGUCUUAACUUGACCAAUGCCCAGAAGGACAAACUCAUCGCAGAUUUGAAGAAAAGGUCCCAGGAGGCAAAGAAAAGGGCUGAAGAGCUGAAGGCUAAACUUCGACAGAGGAAAGAUCACAGGAAAUCUCAGAAACUGUCCGAGGAAGAAGAGAGAAGGUUGUCCAGUGAUGAGAAGAACGAGCUUCUUAAAGCGAGAGAGAAUCAGGAAGAGGCUGAUAGGCUGUCGGAGGAACAGGCAAUUUUAGACAGCGCCAGACAGCUAGAGAAGAGGGAACUAGAGGCCCAGCAAGCCACGGCCCUAAGAGAAAUGCUCCAGAAUAAAAGUGAAGAAGAACGUGACCAGAUCCUUUCACAGUUCCGUGAAGAUACACUGAAGAUGGAAGAAGAGCUAAUGAAACAGAAGAACAUUCAGAGAGAUGCCGUCAUGGCGAAAUUGGCCGCCCGAAAAAGGAUGAAAGAAGAGCUGACAAAGGAAGGCAAAGUGUCGACCGAAUUAGAGGAGAUCACCAAGAAACAUGCCUCAAAGGGCGAUCCUGAAACUGGAGAAGUUAUUGACGCUAUCUGUGAUCGUAUCCAUGGCGACAAGACUGUUGAACAGCGAGAGAAGUUGAUCGAAAAGCAAACCUCAGAGCAAGAGGAUUUGGCGAAGCGACAGUUGGAAGAGCAGAGGAAACUGGAGCAGAAACUGAACAGAGAUCUUAGUGAAGACAGCAGUCAGUCUGAUGAGAAGAUUGAGCUGCAGAAAAAACUGGCUCUGGAUACCCAGCAGGCCAAGUUUGAGCGUGACAUUCUCCUACACAAGGACAUGUCACAGGAGGAGUAUGAAAAACUACUGGCUAAACAUAGGCAGGACAUGGAGACACUCGGAAUGUCCCUGGACAAGGAGAAGCAGAGGCAGAGGGAGCUCAUUGCUGACAAGAUCAAACAAAGAAGAGCUCGCCAAGCCAAACAGCUGGCUGACAAACACAGUGUAGAGACGCUACAACAGCUGAACGAGCAGCAACAACAACGUGACAGACUAACUGACUCGCUGUCGCGUGACAUAGAACAGUCCACACUCAAAGACUCUGUCAAGAAUAAAGAUGGGAAACAGGUAGAGAACAUGGUGUACACUGUGCUACGACAACGCCACACAAAGGAGGCUGUCCACUUGGAGGAACAGCUUGAGAGAGAGAGGGAGGCUGCUAGAAGAGCUGCUCAGGCAGAGAUUGAAGAGAAGAGACAGAGUGAUAGGGAGACUCUGCUGAAAGCUUUUGAACAGGAAAUGAUUGAGCUGAUAGGAAGCUCUUCAGAUUUGAACCCGUCUGAGCUUGAGAAACAGAAGCAGCUGCUCAAAGCUCAACAACAGAAACAACUGUCAGAUUUUGACAGUCUAACACAGCAGAUGAUAGCUCAAGGUCAACACGACCUUGAAACUCGAUUGAACAUCACAGAGACGCAUGCUAAGCUUUCGCUGAAAGACAAACAGCUUCAGGAACUCGCAGACGCAAUGCAGACUUUGACUCCUGAGGAGAGACUGCAUAAGCGGUACGAAGAAGAAUCGCAGAGAGCUAAAGAGGAAGCAGAAAAAUACAAAAAUGACGUGCUGCUGAAAAUGCAAGCUGAACUGGCGAGGUUGAAAGAGGAGGAAAAGCGUAAGGAGGAAGAGCGCAGAAAGAAGAUGCUGGCUCAACUUGCCCAAUUGGAAAAGAACUUAGAAUCUGAACAUGAACGUGAAACUGAGCGUCAACGUGAAAGAGAGGCUGAAAAAGAGCGAAUCAAACACCAGAAGCUUGAGGAGCGAGCCAAGCAGCAGGAAGAAGAACUAAAGAGUUCUAAUUUAAACGAAAAGGAUCGAGAGAAACUCUUGAGGGAGCAUGAAGAAAAUGUGAAGAAGCUAACAGAGGCGCAUCAUCAGGAAAAGAGUCGCAACGCUGAGGCGGUGAGAGCCAAACUGGAAGCCCGAAGAAAGCGCAGGCAUGACUGUGAAACAGCGCAGCUACAGAAACACAGGAUUCUGGACAUUGAUGGGGAAUACAAGCUGGCCUUGCAGAAGCAGAUGGAGGAAGACGCCAAAAAACGCCAACAGGUGCUUGGGUCAUCGCCAGGGGCUGCUGGGAGACCCGCAGUUGAGGAAGGAAAUCGUGCAAUUCCCUCGUCUCCCACCACGGAACAAGACUGGGUCAAUAUGCUAAUGACCUCUCCACUUUUCCAACAGAUAAAUGAUUUACAAGAGUUGCUGGAGAAUAACCCGAUGUCAGGAGCUCAGGGGGGAAUUAUUUUAGGUGGUGAUUACAGCAAUUCAUACAUUGACGUGAAAGACGCUCAGUGGAUGUGUCGCGGUGACCUUAGUCCUGUGGAUAUCAAGAACAUCACGCCAUACCAGUUUGUCAUCUACCGCUUUGGCGUCUUUAUAAUCCGCCUGCUCCAUGAAACCAUCCAGACGCCAGAGGUAACGCUCUUACUGGCGUCCAACCUGCCUGCAAACAACUACAAGAGGAACCCCUUCCGGAAUUCAAUCUUUUACGAAAAUGCCCGCAAGAUCCUGUUUGUACGCAAAGAGAGGAUGGAUUCGAUUGGUGAUUUCGUUCUGGUUAUUGUGCAUUCAUUGGCCCACAUUAAGGUGGAUGACCUCACAGAUGAUGCCAACCCAUUGUUCCUGCGGCAGUUUUAUAAGGCCCUAAAGGUCGUCUGUCAAGACAUGUUCUUCUCCAGAACUCACAACAAGCCUUCAACAGCCUCUCUGAUUGGCACAGGUUCGACCAAUAACAGGGCUGCUCUUGAAGAGGCUCUCAGAGGAGUGAAGAGCCCGGAUGUAAAACAGAAUGUGAUUGGUGAAUUGGUGGACCUCAAAGUGGAUGGACCAACCAGAACAGACUUCUCAACUCAGGUAAUGUCAGAGCGUCUUCAAGGCUUUGAGAACUUCACAGGCAAUGCACGUCUGCGUCAGUACCUGGCAUCAAAGGGAGGCUACCUGGCUUCCUCAAACUUUCUUGGGGACCGUCUCCGUGAACUGAAGGGACUCAAGGCAGAAGUUCCGAAAAGGUCUAUCCCUGCAACCAGCGCGAUUGGUCGCCCUGCCCUUCCUCUCCCUGCUCCUAAGGAUGUGAUUGACAGCCAGUUAGUAGAGCUGCAGACAGAGUGGGAUAACAUGUCAGAUCACCUGGCACAGGUUUUACUGCAAGAGUCUCAGUUGAAAGAAGCCACAAAGAAGCUGGCAGCUGAGGGGUACCCACAAAUGGACAAACUGAACUCCGCCCGCGAGAAGUUAAUUACCGUGUCACUCAGGAAGGAAGACCUGAUGAAUCGAUUGGCCGACACAGAGGUCAAGAUCUCAAAGAAAGAGGCUGAACUCAAGCAUAAAAAGUAAUGGCCUUGAUAUGUGUCCUUGACCUUGCACAUUUGUAGACCAGUGACCUUGGUAUGACCUUGAGAUGUUUCUAUUUGACAAUUUUGUUUUCUUUGAGUAUAUUUUGAAAAUGUGAAUACAUAUACAUUGACCUAAGCACGCCAUGAAGAAUGUCUUCUCAAGUUUGUAUUUCAUGUGCUUUAAUAUGCAAAUUGUGUAAAGGAUGCCUGAUAAAUUUCCAUGAUGUAUAUGUGUACAUUAUCACAAAUUUUGUGAUGUACUUGUGAAUUCAAUUUGUGUACAGUUGUUGAAAUGUAUACCGUUAUUAUUCAAUUCAAGUAUUGCACAGAGUUUUAUAAAAAUUGUAUUUUUUUUCCUCAUUUUUAUUGAGGUUUCUACUCCUUGUAUUGACCUGUGAUAUGUGUUAUAUAUUUAUGUUCAUAUAUUUAGUAUAUGAAUAUGACUUGCAUAUACAUUUAAGCUUUCACUUUUUAUAUGUAGAUUGCAAUUUGCUUUAUUGAAUUGCUUUUGAGAAAUUAUGCUUUUAAUUAGAGUUACCAUUUUUUGCAAUA